GACCACCCGACCUGAAAGGUGCUUUGGAAUUGAAGGGCCUAGAAGAGGCCUAAAGGCAAAUGGCCGGAGCUGGACCGACCAUGCUGCUACGAGAGGAGAAUGGCUGUUGCAGUCGGCGUCAAAGCAGCUCCAGUGCCGGGGACUCCGACGGGGAGCGUGAGGACUCGCCGGCUGCGCGCGCCCGGCAGCAGCUAGAGGCGUUGCUCAACAAGACUAUGCGCAUUCGUAUGACAGAUGGACGGACAUUAGUCGGCUGCUUCCUCUGCACUGACCGCGACUGCAAUGUCAUCCUGGGCUCAGCGCAGGAGUUCCUCAAGCCGUCGGAUUCCUUCUCUGCCGGGGAGCCCCGUGUGCUGGGCCUGGCCAUGGUACCCGGACACCACAUCGUUUCUAUUGAGGUGCAUAGAGAGAACCUGACCGGGCCUCCGUAUCUCUGACUACAAUCGUGCAUGCCUUUCAGACUUUAUUAAACCUAUG